AUGCCGCCGCUGACCGCGGUCGUCACUGGUGCCAACAAAGGCAUCGGCCUGGAGAUCGCGCGGCAGCUGGCGCAGCACAGCGGCACCCGCACCGUGCUGACCGCCCGGGCGGCCGACCGCGGGCAGGCGGCGGCGGCAGAGGUGAAGCUGGGCUACUGCGCCACCGACAUGUCCAGCUGGCGCGGCACGCAGUCGGCGGCGCAGGGGGCCGACACGCCCGUGUGGCUGGCCCUGCUGCCGGCCUCCGAGAACGAAGCCAUCACGGGGCGCUUCUGGAGCGGGCGCAGGGAGGAGCCCUUCUGA